CCCACUAUGCACCGGAAGCGCAUUAUUAAAGUCGGCGGAAGUUGUUGUACAAUCUUGUGUUUUGCGCGCUGCUGGAGCUUUUCUGCGCGAACCCAUUGCCAGUCUGAGGGAUCCUGGCAUCCUGCAAAUUAACGGCCUUUUGGGGCUAAGCUAGUCCUGAAUCACUACUUGGUUGUUUUGCUUCAUAACCUGUAAAUAUGGAGCAGAACAACAGCCUCACUCCUUUCACUCAAGGGCUGGCAUCUCCGCAGGGAGCCAUGACACCUGUCCUGCCCAUUUGCAGUCCUAUAAUGGAGUUCGGCACGGGUCUUACACCACAGUCAGUGCAGAACACCAACAGCUUGUCCCUUCUGGAGGAGCAGCAGCGACGGCAGCAGCAACAACAGGCAGCCUCACAACAGCAGGGUGGGAUGAUGGGAGCUGCAGGCCAGACACCACAGCUCUACCACUCGCAGGUCUCCACCACAACGGCACUGCCAGGCAACACGCCAGUGCAUACAACACCUCUCACCCCUAUGACUCCCAUCACUCCUUCCACACCGGCCUCAGAGAGCUCUGGCAUCCUUCCCCAAUUACAGAAUAUUGUGUCCACUGUAAACUUGGGGUGCAAACUUGAUUUGAAGACAAUAGCACUUCGAGCCAGAAAUGCUGAAUAUAAUCCAAAGCGUUUUGCUGCUGUCAUCAUGAGAAUACGAGAACCCAGAACAACAGCUCUCAUCUUCAGCUCAGGGAAGAUGGUGUGUACGGGAGCGAAAAGUGAGGUACAGUCUCGAUUGGCAGCCAGAAAAUAUGCCAGAGUGGUGCAGAAGUUGGGUUUUCCUGCUAAAUUCUUAGACUUCAAAAUUCAGAACAUGGUGGGCAGCUGCGACGUCAAGUUUCCCAUCCGAUUAGAGGGCCUUGUGCUUACACACCAGCAGUUUAGCAGCUAUGAACCGGAGUUGUUUCCCGGAUUAAUCUACAGAAUGAUCAAACCCAGAAUUGUUCUUUUAAUAUUCGUUUCAGGCAAAGUUGUACUUACAGGUGAGGUUAUUGUUGUAUUUAAAAUGGUAAAAAUAAUACCAUCUAAUGCUAGUAUAAUAUUACUACACUGAAGUUGCAUAAUGAAAGUUCCUUUAUUUCCAGGUGCAAAGGUUAGAGGAGAGAUCUACGAAGCAUUUGAGAAUAUAUACCCCAUCCUGAAAGGAUUCCGGAAAACCACGUAAUCUCGUUCUGUUAUCGUUGAUGAACUACUUCCUGAGCCCACCGUGUGACCUACGCAGUUUUAUUUACUUUUGUAAGCCUGUAAAUAUGAAGAACUCAUUUGCUUCACUCAGAAAGUGAACAGAUUUGAGCUUUAAAAUGC